AUGAAUAAUAAAAAUCCAAACACAAGGUACUACGCGAAUCCUUCGUUCCUCUGCGCCAAAGAGGAAGGUUUCGGAGAGGGGGUGAGGCAUGAAAUCUACUUCUGUGGCCAGAGAAAAGGCUGCCGGGGAGAAUUCCUUCCAGCGACAGGAACCUCCUUCGGGUUCAGUGGCCCCAAGGAGCCACAGGAGGGCCACCUCGGAGAGGCCACGGACCGAGGUGCAGCCUGCACACUGAGGUCUUCCUUCAGAAGGCUGGGAACGCCUAGACACCCGCCCCGCCCCGAGAUCGGGGUGUGUCCUCUGAAGGGGGAAGGGGUGCCCGACGUCCUCGCCAAUCCUAGAUGUGGGGUCGCCUCGGGUCGGUGUCCAGCUCCGCGCCCCCAACCCCGGGCGCUGCUCCCGCCCCUGCCCGGCCCGCGGCGGAACGACGCGAGAAGUCAGCUGCCGCCGCCGCCCCUCGGUUACCUCGGUCCCGGCGGCCGCCGCCGCCGCCGCCGCUGCGGAGUCUCAGUCUCAGACACUUGCUUUGCUGAGAAGCCACCGCCGCCAGCGUUCCCUGAACUCUCACUGCAGCCGCCUCCUCCGCCCGGCCCGGAGAACGCUCCCGGCUCCAGAUCCUCCUCUUGGCCCCCGGCAACUGCCAGUUCCAGCUGCCCCAGCAGCUCCGCCGUGCUCCUCCCAACCCCCACUGGCCAACCGCCGUCGCUGCCGCCGCCGCCGCCGUCAGGGCUGUGACUGUCUCAGGCAGCCCGGGACCGGCCGGCUCCGCCCCGCCCCGCGGCCCCGCCCUCUCUGCCCAGGCCCCGCCCCUCCCGGCCACCCGGCCUUUCUUCGGCCGCCGGCUCCGCCCCCUGCCUCGCCC